CACAAUGACUAAUGAGAGUAUCUGAAAAAAUGCGAAAAUACGCAUGCCAAAUCUUAUGUAAAACUCAGUAAGGAAGGGUUAAGUUCUGGUGUAACCGACAAUAUAUAUUCGGUAUAAAGUCCACCAGAAUAGCGGAAAUCAUUAUUUAUAGUAUAUGAAUACUGGUGUAAUUCCUAGACCAUUUUCACUAAUUUUCAUCACGACCAGAUUUUGUCCAUCUUCGGCACAGAGAUACACUAUUAUAAGCAACAGAUCCUCUGUGAAAUUCUUUAGAAUAUCUGACAGAUUUACCUACAAAUGACGUACUUGUACAAAGUUCUGUUCAGAUACCUGGUGCUUAAUUUAUAGAUUGUACAACAUAUACUUUGCAUGCGAGGUAGGCAUGAUUAUAAUCCGAUUUCCUCCAUUUUUAGACUGCAUAAGGAAAUGUCCAAAGGAAGGACACUAUAGAGUUUGAUUGAUAUGUAUAGCUCUAGUAGCUUACGAUAUGUGUACAAAAAACUUAGUAGGGGGCGAGGCCAUGCCCAUUUCUCCAAAAAUCAAAACAUGCCCCUUAAUAGUGCGACCAAUUGUACAAUAUUUUACUUUUAUUACUAUAAUAUUAAUUAUGGCUUAGUUAUGACAAUUUAUGUGUUUCCGGUUUUCGCAAUUUUGUGGGCGUGACAGUGGUCCGAUUUCGCCCACCGAAAGCAACAUGGUGCCUAUGGUGCCAAGAACUAGCAACUUGGUUCCGAGAGUAUAAAUAUUCGAAAUCGGGUCAUAACACUUCAAGUAUGAGAUCAUGUAUACCUAUAGUUGACUUUGACUGCUGCCAAAAAUUGAUAAAAAAACUCUUCAAUAUUUCCCUAACCCUUAUAUACCUAAUAAUGGGAUUUUCAAGCUACCGUUUGGUAUUAUACCGCAUAAAUCGGAAAAUAUAUGAGAUAUAUUUGUCAUAUUUCCUGAAUGGAUAGUCUUGUGUAUACUAGUAUUAUGGUUUGGUGAGGAAAAUAGGUGAAGUCGGUCUGAAUAACAAAAUUACCUGAAAACACGUUUCCGAAUAUAUACUCUUUCCUAGUGUGGUUCCUGUCCCAUUUUAUUAAUUUUGGUUAAUGGCAUUAUAUGAGAGUGGAAAUGGUUCAGACCCAGUCACCCAUCUACAAUACCAACCUCCUCAGGGUGCCAAGGAACAAGUGCACCAAUUUUCCUCAAGAUAUCGCAAUUUUUAAUCAAAUUAUCGCUUGCGUAAACGGCGGACAGACAGACUUACGGAAUUCAAUUCGUUUCGUGACGUGAUACAUAAUACAUAUAAGUCGAACAGAGGAAUCAGCAAACUGUUGAUUAUUGAAUAUGUAUUAUGAAUUAAUAUACAUAUGUACAGCUCAAUAUGAGAUAGUAUAGUACCUAUAGAGUCCAGUUGAAUUAAAAAGUAGAAGCGCUCAGUACAGUUUGAGUUGUCAUUUAAGUACAAGCAAAAUAAUUCAUUAAAAUGGCCCAAAUCAAUUCUUUGGAGCGCGCAUUUACGGUGUUGACAUAUCUACUUGCACCACAGCAAUUCAAUUAUACUGGUAAUCAAAAGCCAACUUGUGAUCAUUUUGAAGGCGAUUUAAAUAAGGUAGAAAACGCGAUCGUAUCUAUGACAGAUUUUGUGGAUUCACUACAAUCGAUUUCUAAUACUCUUGUGGAUAUCCAAAUUGACCUGCAAAACGAACCGGAACCCACGGUAACAAAGCCUUAUAAAUGUGUGGAUAAAAGUCUUAGAAACCUUUUUUGUGAGGACAAUAGAUACUCGAAGAAUUUAGUGUUAAUAGGACGUGUUCAUUCGCCUAUGUCACAUGAUCUAUACCAAAAACUCUUGAACGGAAUUCCAUGCGAUGAAAAAUGCAUCGACAGCGAUACUGACUACUUUAUUGGCAUAAAUAAUUUUAUGCAGCUCAUACACAAUCAAUCGCUUGAGCUGCUCUUUAUUUACACUGAUACUGAUGACAUGGAACAUUUUCAUUAUAUUCCGGCAUAUCAAUUUGAUGGUAUAAAGUUAAAUAUAGAAAGGGUUCGAAGUAGUAUGUCAGAUGUUUCUUUGAAAGAACUAAAAAAUAUAGAAAACCUGAAAUUCAAGAAUUUUAAAAUAUUCUUGCUAAAAAAGUUGCGAAAUAUUUAAUACAAAGCUAUAAGUAUAGCUUAUAGAAAAAACUGUUGGAAUAUUCAAAUGCGAAAUGAUGGGAAAAUGUCAAAAUAAAAACAAUACAAUACAGUACAAUU